AAAUCAAGCUACUGGUAUCCACAAUAAACCACACAUUCAAAUGGAUUCCCAGGUUUGCAUACAACCUAGAAGAUACGCUACUCAGGAGGGAGUAAAUAAAGUUUUAUUGGACUGGGAUAUGCCUUUUCCUGGGAGGGACUUGUCCAAAAAUCACUUUUAAAGGCAUAAAACUUUCUUUUCAGCACUGAGUUGUUUGUACAUGUCCUUUGUCCUGCAUUUCUUUCUGGAAUGUAUGAUUCUUUUACAUAUUAAUUAAUUUUCUGAUACUGAUAAUAAAAUAUCCAACUUACAAAUGUAAAGAAAAUAUAGGUUCUGAAUCAUUACCAGAAAUGCAAUGUUGGGCCCACCAAUGCAAAUCCUAAAAAUAUAGGUACUUCAUUGUAAUGGUAUCGGAAAGUUGUUCUUCAUUAUGCUUUUUCAAGUAAACAUUGAGCCUUUUGGGUCCUGAACUGUCACUAUCAUUUUCAUCAUUGAUUCUGUCAUCUCCAUCAUCUGAUUCUUGUCACUUAACACUUUGGGUUUGGCUGAAGUUUCUUGUUCCACAAUUCUAGUCUAUCUCCAUCAUCUGAUUAUUAUGGUCAAACACCUUUUCUGGGUUUUAAAACCCUUUGUGUAAUUUGAAGAUACAGAGAGAGUUCUUCUUUCAUGAAUAUCUGUGUUUUGAAUAGUGGUAAUAAAUUUAUAAUGUCUGUUUCAUUUGGCACCCAUGUUUACAGUUCCACUUUAAGGUUCUCCCAGAAGUGUUUUAUUCUGACCCAUGAGCUUGUGUCAUUUUUUUUGCAUGCAUGCAAUGUAUUAUCAACCAUCAAUCACCUAAACCUUCCACUAUUAUUGCCUGAACCAAAAUUCUAUUGCACAAUCAAUGCGUCCCAGGUAAUGGAGCUUGCCCUUGUACAAGAAUCAUUUGAAGCUAAUGUCCGUGACUACACCAAGAUAAUUGAUGGGUAUGGGAAGAAAAAUCGGUUGCAUGAUGCUGAAAGCGUCUUCCAAACCAUGAAGAACAGAGGCUUUACCUAUGAUCAGGUAAUCUUAACUGCUAUGAUUCAGAUGUACAGCAAGGCUGGUUGUCUUAGGCAGGCUGAGGCAACAUUUGAGGAGAUCAAGUUACUGGGCUUGCCAUUAGAUAAAAGAGCAUAUGGGCCAAUGAUCAUGGGCUAUGUCAGAGCCGGAAUGCUCAGCCAUGGAGAAUGUUUGCUUAGAGAAAUGGAAGCUCAAGAAAUCUAUGCAGGAAGGGAAGUUUACAAGGCAUUGUCAAGGGCUUACUCCACAAUUGGUGAUAGAAAAGGGGCUCAAAGGGUGUUUGAUGCUAUAAAGUUUGCUGGAAUCGCCCCUGAUAUUAAGUUGUGUGCACUUCUUAUCAAUGCAUAUGCAGUGGCAGGGCAGAGUGAUGGUGCACGCAGUGUGUUUGAAAAUCUGAGGAAUGCUGGGAUUGAACCUAGUGACAAAUGUGUGGCUCUGAUGUUGGCCGCUUAUGAAAAGGAGAAUAAGUUUAAGAAGGCGUUAGACCUCCUUAUUGACUUGGAGAAAGAGGGUAUUAUGGUUGGCAAAGAGGCAUCUGAGAUACUGGUUGGAUGGUUUCGCAGACUAGGGGUAGUUGGUGAGGUAGAGCUUGUAUUGAGAGAGUAUUCUGCAGAGGAAGUUAAAUGUGAAAUACACUUCAUACCAAGUGAAGUGCAUUUGUGGAAAACCUUGCCUUGGGAGAUUGGACAAAACUUUUGAUUAGGAUCAAAAGUUUCCAUCAACUAUUCUAGAACCAAUUAUCAGGUUCUAUGCCUUGGGAGAUUGGAAAUCUUUUGAAUUUGUAUGAACUUGAUUUAUCUAAUAACCUUUUAACUGGUUUUAUUCCCCCCCAGCAUUGGGAACUUGUCUAGGCUUGCCAAUCUAAGUUCAAUGAAUAAUCAGCUUAGUGGAACCCUUCCCCAUGAAAUAGGUAAGCUGAAAAGACUACAAUUUCUGGACCUGAGUUUGAAUAAACUUCAUGGAACCUUGCCUUCAUCUAUAACCCACUUGGAAAACCUAAAUUCCCUCUAUGUUCACUAUAACAAUUUCUCUGGUAAUAUACCAAAAGAUUUCGGCCCCAGUUCUCUGGGAAGUGUAAGUUUCUCCGUUAACAAUUUCACAGGCAAGCUCCCUCCUCAAAUUUGUGUAGGUGGAAAGCUUGUCCACCUGACAGCCGAUCAAAAUAUGUUUGAUGGACCCAUCCCUCCAAGCUUGGGAAUUUGGUGGGGGACUGCCAGCAACUAACAUCCUUGAAACUCAACCACAACAAAUUAAAUGGGGCAAUCCCAUGGAAGAUUGGGAAUCUGGUGGCCUUACAGUCUUCUCUAGACCUCAGUCAAAAUUCACUCACUGGAGGAAUACCACCACAGGUUGGAAGCCUUAGUCAAUUAGAAAAAUUGAAUCUUUCUAACAACAGGCUUCUGGUUUGGUACCUCCUGCCCUACAAGGUCUGAGGAGCCUUCAGUCUGUUGACAUAUCGAAUAACAAUCUUAGAGGUCCACUUCCAGAUAGUAUCGCCUUUAAAAGAGCUUCUCCCAAGGAAUUAGUGGGUACCCAGGUUUGUGUGGCGAAAAUGUGCAAGGUUUGCUCCCUUGUACUAGUCAUAACAGUUCUUUUACAAGCAAUAACAAAAACAGUAGACAAAAGACAUUGGUUAUUGCUGUAACUGUUUCUGUUACAACUAUUGCCAUAUUUCUUUUAGCUUUGCUUGGAUUCUUCAUCUUCCAUUGUAAGACCAGAGGCAAUAACAACCUCCAUUUUUCUCAGCUACUCAAGUUCAAAGCCCCAAUUUCAUCCUCUGCAGUAGGGGUGGUGGGAACUGGGGAUAAAGAUGAUGGGGGAAGAUCCAAGCAGUUGAUCUAUUCAAAGACCUACUCUCGGGCUCUGUAGAUUAUUAGGGCUAUGGAGCUGCUGCUUCUUUUACAACUGACAACAUUAUAUAAGAAACUGGAAGGAAGUAGAUGAUUCUGCCCCAAGCAGGUCAAUAGUACAAGUGUAAUGGUGCCCACCACAGUCAUCAUAGAUCAAUCUGAAUUUUGCCGGGCAACCUAGGUAUCAGGCACUGUAGUGAUUAGAAAUCACAUGACAGACAGCAUGAUUAUAUAUUUGGAAGCUAUCAGUGUUGAGGAUUCAAUAGGACAGAGCUAAAGGCUGUUUUGACAGGUCUGAAAAGGUCUAAAGAUAUGAAGUACAACAAUAUAAUAAACAAAGAGGACUCUAAUCUCUUAAUAGGUUGCUUUGUAAGUAGGUCUGCUAACAGUCUUGUAGAUGAGUGGGUAAAACAGGGGAAACAAGGAAUUCAAUGUAUUUGGAAAAUUAUACAACACAGGAUGAGGAGGACUUGUUCUUGAUACUGAAUCUCACAAGGUUAGUUAAGUCGAGGCUGAUAAUCCCUCGCGAGACCAUGGCCAUGGUCAUAGCACAGAGAACUGCCGGAAUCUCCGCGACGAGAUCGAAGAGCUCAUUCGCCGCAGAUACCUAAAAAACUACAUCCUACGCGAAGAGAAAUGACAGGGGGACCGGCAGGGUGACCGAAGGAGAGACGCUCCAGAGUCGAGCAGACAGAACGAGCAGCCACCUCGGCAGCUACCAGAAGAAAGACCGAUCCGCGGGAUGAUCAACAUGAUCACCGGCGGAUCCAUUAUAGCAGGGUGUACUACAGCGGCAGGGAACACAUCAGUCAGAGAACUGAAGCACGAAGCAGAAAAUCCACCAAAACGACCUCGGAUAUUUAGGUUAAGAGGCAAUUGCCUAGAAACCACCAAGGCCAUAAAAAGAUUAGGUUAUGAGGCACUACCCAACUCAUGGAUAAGUGUUAAAAAAUUAAGAGAAAAAAUAAACAAAAGAAGCGAAGCCAACUUUUACUACAUAUUUAGCAUAGAUGUAAGAGAUAUUUAGGGCUGGAGUUUCAUGCAAAACCAAGCUUUGGCAGAAACUUAAGGAUCAAAUCAAGGCAAUUCCCCCAACUCAACAAGACCAAGCUAUACACCCUGACAGAAACUACACCAUUGCUUUGGCAGUACACUGGUCAUGGAAAGAUCCUUCACUUCUUUUCCUUUUCAUCCCUCACUUACCUUGCUCCCCUAAAAUUCAGCCUUUUUUUUUAUAAGUAUGAUCACCUAAAUACUUGGUUAGCCCAUAAAAUACUUGGUGUCUGGCCUCCCAGGCAAAAUUAGCCACUAAGUUAAAUGGUGAAUGUAGGCAUAGACUUAAGAGAUGGUAUUGAUAAAAAAAAAAAAAAAAUAGACUUAAGAGAUGGCUAAGUACCUCUUAAGUGUAAAUAGUACAAGGUUGCUUUGGAGGCUUGGUAUUACUAAGGCCACAUUAGUUUCAUUGUAAAAGAGAAAAUAAAUUUUCCAGUCCUUAAAAUCUCUGUUUUAUGGCCCUUCUACAUGGAAACAAACACAGAGGCAUUUCUCAAGCAAUUAUCAGGUGUGGUAAUUUUUCUUUGCAUGGAGGGAGUAAUUUGGAAUUUUGGGUUUUCUUUUCAUCCCCUCCCUCAAUUUUCCAUUGUUUCCAUGCAUCAUUAAAGUUGUAUUAUCAGGUGUGGUAAUUUUUCUUUGCAUGCUUCAAUUUGGGAGGGGAGGAAUGCCAGAGUCUCUAAAUUCCUCUCUCCUACAAACCCAGUUCAGCUUAUUGUAAUCAGGGUAGACAAUUAAGUUGUAUGAGAGAGGAGCUUAGAGAUUUCAGUAUUGAUGCUGUUGUGAGAGGAUGGGCAAAUGCUUCCUUAAAGAGCAGGAUUGCUUUUUUUUUGACAGGUACAGACCAGGAUUGCUUCUCCAUUUAGAUUCAUCAAUCUUAAUUUUGAUGGAUGGUUUUCUGGAAUACUAAAUCUGGAAUAAGAAUUUGAAAAAUAGAAAUUCAUAUAAGAUAUCAAGCAGACAGUGCAAAGAUGUGAAGGAAUGAAGGAGAAUUA